AAAACUAAAAAUACACCCGAUAAAAUUUGAUUUUAUCCAUUUUUGAAAGGAAAAAGUUGGAUCAUACAAAGAAUCAUUGUCACAAUCAAUCCAUCCCUUGUGAAAGGGUAAGAAAAAUAGAAAAAUUGAAAAGGUUGGUUCAUUAGUUAUCUUUGUUUGGGCACGACACGAGUGGAGAGUAUGGGAUCAAUUUUAGUUCCAUUCCGAUCACAAAAAUGGCGGUAACUACAAUUCCUUCAUAACUGUAACUGUACGCGAACAACAACUCAUUUCAAUUCAUCAAUCAAUCAAUCAAAAUCCGAAUUGCAACUAUCAAUAACCAUGUCCACAACCACAAUUUCUUCUUCACUCCCUUUCUCUCUCCCAAUUAGCCGCCACAAUUCUAGGGUUUCUCGCAUUUCAUUCCAAUCAUCAUUCACCUUAUCUACAAACAAAUGUAGAGUUUGGUGUUUUAGGAAUGAAAACAAUCCACCUGAGACUAAUGACUCCGAGUUCAAACAAGAUAAAUUAUCAGAUGAUUUGGUGAAGUUUAAAGGGGAUCAGUCCAAAGACUUGAAAAAAGAUUGGCUUGUUUCUCUUCAUACGAUCAUAAAUACUGUUCUUCGUGUUGAACCCUGGAAAGUUCCUUGGACAGCAAAGACCAUUGUUCAGGUUAUGCUCCUCUGGAUUGCCUCAUUCUGGUUAGUAGGUUCUUGGAUAGUGCCAUUUUUAGCUUACACAGCUGGGUUUAGAAAGGAAACUCUUUCAUACAGAGGACAAGCAUUGUACAGCCUCUUGACAGAUGUUGCCGAAGGUGUGGUUGGGAUAGCAAUACUUCAUCGCUGUCUUGCAAAGUUUAAACCACUCUCAUCUGACUGGUUCAAAUUUGAACUCAAGGGGAAGUGGCAGUUUGAUGUCGGUUUAGGCUGUCUCAUGUUCCCCCUCAUCAAUCAUCUGUCACAAAUGAACCUAAAUUUGUGGCCUGUUCUUCAAUAUGCUCCAGUUACGGUCUCAAGUGUAGAGCAAUCCAUUGUAGCAAGAGACCCUGUGGCAAUGGCCCUCUAUGCAGUGGUAGUUACAGUUUGCGCCCCAAUAUGGGAGGAGGUUGUCUUUCGUGGUUUCCUUCUCCCAUCUUUAACCAGGUACAUGCCUGUGUGGAGUGCAGUAUUAGUUAGCUCAGUAGCAUUUGCCUUCGCACAUUUUAACAUUCAAAGGAUGCUUCCCCUUGUAUUGCUUGGCUUGGUUAUGGGUGCUAUCUUUGUACGGUCUAGGAACCUCUUGCCAUCAAUGUUGUUGCAUAGUUUGUGGAAUGCUUUUGUAUUUCUUGAUCUCAUGAAAUAAUAUAUAUAUUUUUCACUCUUCUUUA